GUCCUACCUUGAGUCACAGUGUACAGGGGGAGGUGCCUGGAAGCAGAGGAGAGCUGGAUGGAGCAAACCACAUGAAGAUUCUUUAUCCAUCAGCAGCACACACUGAGGGUUCUGCAGACCAAGAACUGCAAAACUCUGUAGCUUGCAAAGAAUCAUCAGCAACUUUGAGGUUUUAAGAGAUUUUCAAAGCAUUUCCAGUCUUAGAGUCCACUGUCAACAAACGGUAAAAUUUUGAGGUUGAUUUGCAAUACCUGAGUUGCUUUGAGGCUAGCUGCCGUGGGCAGUGCAGCCUGCACAGUGCUUUGAUCACAAAUAUGGAGGAAUUGAAGGAGGUUUGUACAGCUUACAGUUGUAAGAACCUGCAGUUCUGCUGGUGAGGCUGGGGAGGUUCAUGUUGUUUCAAAUGUCUUGCACCCCAAGACUGAAAACUGCAAUUCAACCCUAACAAAAACCCUGUUGUGAUUAAGCCCCUAAGGCAACGAUUUAAUCUAGAAUCUUAGUGCAUUCAAAAAGUUGGAUCUGUCUUUCAGCCCCCUGAAAGUCAAGUCUUUCUGUACAGAUUCAGAGGGCAUGGACAAGUUUUAAAAGAAAUCCUCGCAGGGUCUUGCAGUCUGGUUUUCAAGCAAAAACCCAGUGGAACGCAAAACUGUGGUGGAAACCAGCCUUUAGAAAACCUGGUCCAAAAAGUGAACAUGCUCAACUUUAAAGCUCUGUCUGAAAAGGCAUCGCAACACAUUGACAGACAUAGAGGCAUCGCAACACGUUGGCAGCCUUACAGCAACAUUUGGCAAUGUGAGUCAACAAUCUUUUGCGUGUUUUCAAAAUAGAUGUGCAGCAAAUACGUGACUUUGGCAGAUUCUCGUCGUUUCUGAGUCAGUUUUGUUUUGAAUGUAAGUUUAACACAUUGCCAGCGAGAUUUAUUCUUCCACUGGUAUGAACCACAGAAGCAGUUUUCCUGGAGCUCAGUAAUGUAGGUCCAUAGGUUUUCUCCCUGUCUUUUUUCCCUUCUUUCUGCUGUAGGAUCACGCCAUCUCCCAUUGAAAUACAAAAAGAGAUUAAUGCAUAUUGCUCAGCAGCAGCUGCUAACCGCUGCCUUAGCAUGGAUGUGAAAUAGUCAAGAACGUGAUUAGAAUAAUAGCCCUUCGCCUUAAAUAGGCCAGUAGGCUUAGAGAGCACUGUGAGAUAUUACCAAACCACAGACCGAGCAGCAGAGAGGACACAAGCAUGUUUACUGAGGUGCUUAGCAGUGCUUGUACCGCAUGAUGUUCCUGCGAGAAGUUUGCAAAGGUUUCUGCUGUAAAUCAUACCGUGCUCGCUGGGGCUUGCUGCUACUAUCUCAUUUUAUCAGGGCAAAUUCUGAAUAACUCCUGUGGGUUAGAUACUGAAGUAUUGAGGAGCUUGAGAUUAGUAGCUGAGAUCUGAUUUAGUUUAAGCUGGUGUGAUUGAGGAGUGUAAAACUGGGUAAAUGAUAGAAUGGCUGAGGAUAGAAGGGACUUUAAAGAUCAUGGAGCUCCAACCUCCUGCCUCAUUUCCAUCAGCAUAAAGCAAGGGUUGCUUGGCUCAACCUCUGUGCUGAUUUAAACUCUUUCAGUCUUAAAUUCUGCUGCCAGUUUGACUAUGGUGAAGUCAGACACCAGUGAUAUCUCCUUGGAUUGUCUCAUACGUAGAUGGGUGCUGCACUGAGUACAGAAAGGAAGCUGGAAAUGAAAGUUUGAUCCAGAAAUUGACACUGGAGUGAAAUGGAAUAAUGGGAUAAUGGAAUAAUAGAAUUGUGUUUUUUGUUUUGUUUUGUUUUGUUUUGUUUUGUUUUUUAAAGUAGUUGGAAGCUUUCUUCCUUUUGUUCCCCCUAGCAUCUAAUCUAAAUCUUUUUGUUUAAAACCAUUUCCCCUUGUCCAUGUAAAAAGUCCGUCUCCUGAUAGCUUCUUUUAAGUACUGAAAGGCCACGCUGAAGUCUCCUGGAGCCUUCUUUUCAUCAGUCUGUACAGCCCCAACCCUCAGCUUGUCCCCAUAGAAGAGGAUAGCAGAGGGAUUCCAACCUUCUGAGCAUCGUUGUAACUUCCCCUGGAUCCACACCAACAGCUGCACACCUUUCUUGUGCUGUGGGUUAAAAAAUCUUGCCUUCUUGUGUUCUUGAUUAAAAAAUGGCCCUCCUGGCUCUGUUUUAAAACAAGAUCCAGCUCAAAAGUAGAACUAGUGUUUGUAGAUAUGAAUUUGUGAUGUAAGUAGGGGUGAAAUGAGUGGAUGUGAAGAUUUAAGAAAAAGCCUUUAACAUAUAGAAGGAGAGGUGAUAUGAAAAGUGGUAACGCUUCUAUUUGUACAUUAAAGAUUAGUGAACUGUAAAGAACAAAACAUAGACAUUCACUUUAUUAAAAUGUUUGCAUUUUAGGUGAUCCGAUUCAUUCUCUGUUCUGAUUCAAGACAAAUAUGUGAUCCACUGCAGUGUUCAGUUUUACAGCUUCUAUCACCCACUCUCUGGAAAUGUGGGGGCCGUGGGCAGUCUGAUCUGCUGCCUGAUAAGGUGGUUGGCAAAACUGCCCACAGCAGAGGUGUUAAAAGUAGACAAUCUUCAAGAUCCCUUCCAGCCCAAGCCAUUCCAUUGAUUUAUGUCGUACUUGAAUUCACCCAAUAUUUCAUUAUCCAAGAACAAUUAGAUGGAGUCAGCCCAAAGAUCAGCCUGGUGCAAUCUUUUGUACUAUCUUUUGCUUUUGAUGGUCACACUAUCCCAAGGCAACAAAACUACAAAUUUUAAUGCUGCGUUGCACGAAGAUGUGCUUCCUUCUCUUUCUUUGUAAUCCACUGCCCAAUAACUCCAGUGCAUGUCCUUUAUUCUUGAGAAAUAAUGAGUUAGCCUUUCCGUAUACAGAAAUAAAUCUAUGCCUGUUCCAGUUGCCUUUUACUGGCACUAUUCUGAUUUUAUUGCAUCCUUGGGAAGAAGAAUAAUCUAACUUGAGUACCCCAAAUUAUGAUCAAACACAAAAAAAAACCCAAAAAACAACACAACAGAUUCACCACUGUUUGAUGAGGCAGUGUGUUUUAUUUAAAGAGAAGUGUGUAUCACCUCGUACAUCUGCAGUGAAGCAGUUCCUGUCAGAUAUAUUUUGCUGGAGGGCUCUGUACAACCUGUUGGAAAGUAUAGUUCAUCAGAGGCUACUUGGGGUGGAGAUAAGAGAAGAAGAGGUUGUUUGCUGGAAGGAAGAACUCAGGUUUUUUGUUACUUUUUUUGUUCUGUCUCAUGCGUAUCUCUUUUGGGUCCCUUUUAUUUCAUGUUCUUCCCAGCUACGUUAACUAGAGUCUGUUGGUUACCACAAUCUUGAAACUUCUUAUAGGGUGUCCUCAUGACAGGCACUGGGAGCAAGAGGUGGACAAGGAGAAGACAAACUACUUUGCCCGAUGCAGCUGAUGAAUUUACACAGUGAAAAAGCCACCUGUUCGUCUUUGACUCAUUCAACAAAGAAGUCACGUCAAAUACUAACUUGAAAAAUUCCUGAACUGAGCUGCGUCAACAACCAUGGACAACUUCAUGGCACCGCUGAGCGCCAUCGGCGACCUCACACUUCAGCACAGCAAAGCAAAGUUCCUGCACAGCAGAGUGAGCGGACCCUCCCGGCGCAAACGGGAGUUCAUGCCAGAUGAGAAGAAGGACAACAUGUACUGGGAGAAGAGACGCAAGAACAACGAGGCGGCCAAACGCUCGCGGGAGAAGAGGCGACUCAAUGACUUCGCCAUGGAGAGUCAGCUGGCCGCGCUCAGCGAGGAAAAUGCCAUCCUCAGGACGGAGCUGCUGGCCCUCAAACUGCGCUUUGGGCUCAUCAGCCCCGAUGCCAGCACCCAGCAGGGCCGCUCCCUGCAGGACUUCCUAGGGAUUUAUUUCCAAGGGCACAAAGGGCUCUCGCCGUUCCCUGAAGCAGAGCCCUUUGCUGGGGGUUCCCGCCUCUUCACAAAGAGCUUUGUGCCGAAGGUGCUGGAGCCGGCCGACUUUUCAUGCAAAGCCUUUAACCCAUCUAGAAACUUCCUUGGCUGUGACUCAAAGCCAGUUUCUAUGGACACACCUGGCCUUCACCAACCAAAGAGGCUCGAUUCAGCCUUCAGACCCACAGUUUGCUCUCCUUUCCUCGAUUUCCACUGCCCAGACAAACAUGUGUUCCAUUUGCCUUUCCCAGGCAGUGCCUGCUUCUCAUCCCCUUGUCCUGGUCUGGCAGAGAUGAGCAAGGAAAGCACCACGACUGUCUCAGAUGAAGAUGAUGAGCAGCAAGUGCCCAAAACUUCUCCUCCACCCCCAUGUAGCUUGCCCUCCCCUUCAGAAGAUCACACAAAGGGCCGAAGCUCUUCAGCUCUGCCUCACAAACUCCGGAUUAAGACCAAAGCCCUCGGAGGACAGUGACCAUGGAUCCCUCUGUGGAAGCAGAGACAACCUCUCUGGGAGCAGACGUGAUAUAUUCCAAUCACAUGAAGUGUUUGGAAGGAGGGGUGGGAGGGAAAUGUCUUUAAAGAAGGAAGUAAUUUUUUCUCUUUGGCAUAAAUGCUGAGGGAAGUUAUAGGGCUGGGCUGCAUCACUACAGCACAACUGCAGUUGGCCAUGAUGUCAGUCUUGCUGCGAUGGACCUGCCAGACCCCAUGGCUGCUGGUAAGCUUCAGUUUCACCUGGUUGCUCUACUUGCCAACCAAACAAAAACUUCAUAGCAUCACAGAAUGGGUUGGAGGGGAUCUUAAAGAUCAUCUCGUUCCAAGACCCAGCUGUGGGCUGGGUGCCCCCCACCAGAUCAGGCUGCUCAGGAUCCCAUCCAACCUUGAAGUGUGAAGGGAUGAGGGGCAGGAAGAGGCAAAGAGGUGGUGUCCACACCAUGAAACACAAUAGUGGCUCCACACCACUGCUACAGCUGCUGGGUGUGACCACCAUUUUAAUUCCCUUUGCUUUGUCAUCACCUCCAUCUUCACAAACAGGGAUGGAAAUCUAAUUGUUUAACACUGGAAAUUGUGGAUGGAAAGAGUUUCAUACCCUCCAGCUGUCUGGAGCAAGAAAAAGGAAUAGCAAUAAGAAGGCAGCAGAUUCACACUGGCAUGAACUGAGAGCAGAACCUGGUCCAUUUCAUCCUUACUUUGUCGUAAUUUAUCUUCAGAGGGAAUGAACUCUUUUUCUCUUUGACUGGAGACAGCGUGGUCCAUAAGAUACAUUUAUUUCCAUUUAUUUUCAUAACAGCUAUUUUGGAGGACUAUUAUUAUUUUUUGUUUCACUGAAAAGUGAAACUUUUUAUCUUCAUCCUACUUCUUUCCGUGUAAAUAAGGCAUUUUCAGAAAUAAUACUUCCGUAUUUGAAAAUUGCUUUUAUAAAACAUUCUAUUAACUUUAGAUGAAUUUUCCAAUCCAUUUUCUUAUUUUGAAAUUAAUUACUUACAAAAUAAAACCGCUGUGUGGCACACUGUUCUCACUGAAACAUCUGUGGGAUGAGGACAAUUGUCAAGCAUUUUUCUAGAAAGCAUUUUAUAGAUAAUGAAUAAAUGCACCAAUGAGAAGAGCGUAAAAAGAAGAACAAUGAUACGUGAAAUGGGGUGUAAAAAUCCCUCACGUUGGCUCAGAACUGAGGGCCCUUAUUGCUGGGAGUGGCUGGGAAUGUUCAGCCUGGAAAAGAGGGGAUUCAGCUGAGGGUGAUCUGAUCAAUGUUUCUAAAUGUCUGCGUCAUAGAAUCACGGAAUCACUAAGGUUGGAAAAGACCUCUCAGAUCCCCAAGCCCGACCCCAGCCCAUCCCACCAUGCCCUCUGACCAUGUUCCUCAGUGCCACAUCUCCACGGUUCUCAAACACCUCCAGGGACAGUGACCCCACCACUUCCCUGACAGUCAGUGCCAAUGCAUCACCACUCCUUCUGAAAAUAAGUUUUUCCUAAUAUCCAACCUGAACCUCUCCUGGUGCAACUUAAAGCCAUUACCUCUCAUCCUAUCACUGCAGGGAAGAUGCAAAGAAAGCAGCCAACCUCUUUUCACUUGGAACACAGAGUUCCUUUCUGAACAUCAAGAAGCACUUCUGUGCAGGUUCCAAAGCAAUAGGUUGCCCAGGGAGGCUGUUGGGUCUCCUUUGGACACAACCUGGACACAAUCCUGGGCACUUUGCUCUGGGUGUCCCUGCUGGAGCAGGGGAUGGAUUAGAUGGAGCCAGAAGUCUCUGUCAACCCCAACCAUCUGUGAUCUUGUAAUGUUAAACACACGCAGUGGGAUCUGGAUUGCUGAGGUGUAUCAGCA